AUGGGGGCCCUGGGAGUACUGUUAGGGGUGCUGGGCUUCCUAGGGGUACUCCCGGGGGGUUCUCUUACCUUCCGCUGGGACAGCACCUUCUGCCACUUGGCCAGGCCCAUCCCUGGCAGCCCUCUGGGUUCCUUGAGCUUUCUGAGCAAGGAUAGCCAGGGUUUGGCCCUAUUUGAAGCCCAGUGGGAUGGCCAUGGAAGACUGCAGGUGUGUAACCGGCUGGGUGAGCCAGAACUCAUCGCCACCUUCGAGACCCUCUGCGUUCAUGAGUCCACGAAGGGAUCCUUCAUCCACACCCCUGGACCUGAGCUACAGAGAGCCCUGGCCAGGCUUGAGGGCCAGUGGGAGGCCUGCAGAGCACUCCAGGGGCCCCCAGCGGGGCUCAGGGAGAAGCGGGCAGCCGAGAAGAAGGGAAUAUUUGGCAGAGGACACCUGCGAAGGAAGAGAGGCUGGACAGUGCCUGGCACGCUGUGGUGUGGAGUUGGGGACUCUGCCACCAACACCUCGGAGCUGGGGAUCUUCCGGGGCCCAGACUUCUGCUGCCGUGAACAUGACCGCUGCCCACAUACCAUCUCGCCCUUGCAAUACAACUAUGGCAUCCGGAACUUCCGCUUCCAUACUAUCUCCCACUGUGACUGCGAUGCCAGGUUUCAGCAAUGCCUGAGGAACCACAGCGACUCUAUCUCUGACAUCAUGGGCGUGGCCUUCUUCAAUGUGCUGGAGAUUCCCUGCUUUGUGCUGAAGGAGCAGGAGGCGUGUGUGUCAUGGUACUGGUGGGGCGGGUGUAAGAGCUAUGGCUCUGUGCCCCUCGCCCACCUCCAGCCGAGGACUCGCUAUAAUGCCUCCUGGAACUCCCCAGACACUCCAUUGACCCCCAGUCCCUGGAGCCCAGACCCCAGCAAAUUGAGAAGGAAUCAACAUCCUUGGACAAGGCGGACAAAGCACACAAGGUCUGGGCAGCCCAGCCCAGCCUACACCACAGUUCUCCAGGUCCCUGUGGCCGCCAGGACUGACGUGAACCUUAUAACCCAGCCGGGGGACUCCCAGCCCAGUCUCUGGAGCCUUCAGGAUGCCCACCGGGCUUGCCGCAGCUUCCGGUACCUGGACCGCUGUGAGCAUCAGAUUGGGCCCCAGGAAACCAAGUUCCAGCUGCUCAACAGUGCCCAGGGGCCCCUCUUCUCCUGCAACUGCACACGCCGUGUGGCACGCUUCCUGAGGCUGCACAGCCCACUUCCAGGUGCCAAUGUGCUUUGGGAACUGCUGGGUACCACCUGUUUCAAGCUGGCUCCUCCACCGGACUGUGCCGAGGUCAAAGGCUGUUCCAGAGACCCCAAGGCCAUCAAGGUGUCAGCUCGCCACUUACGGCAGCUUCGGUUCUACUCUAAAAGCACAGGCAAAGGGCACAAGUGGCUUCUGGAAUCCCCCGGGACCCCGGUGUCAUUUUAUAAUCAAUGUCUCCAGCUCACCCAGGCAGCCCGAGGCAGCAAAGGACAGCAACAAUUGGAGAACCAGUGAUCUCAGUUCCAGCUGUCCCUGUGCACCAGCUUGGACCUUGCCCCCAGGCCCUGGGGAGUCUCGGCCUCCUCUCUCUGGAUUAGACCUAGAGUAUGGAAACCAGGAGGCUGGAUGAAGGGAGCUUGCCUACUGUGCUGAGAGACCGAAAGCUGGUGAAACAACCUGUGUGUCUGCAUGUGGCUCAGGAAACUCACUCUGAUGCAGGGACCUUCCCAUACAGAUGGAAUUGGGGGGAGAGGGCAGUAACCAACUGGAGCAUCCCGAGGAGGUACCUGUUGUAAGAGUCAUCCAUGAGCCACAAACCUCCCUAAGAAAACCACAAACCUUGGCUAUGAUGCUUAGGGCAGAAGGUAGGAAAUUAGAGAUGUCUACUGCCUGAAUCUGAACCCAAGAUGGGGGGUAGGGGACACUGGAGAGGCCUUCUCAACUCCCUUCUUUUGCUCCCCUGCAGUUUCUUUAUUUGUACUGAUACCAGAGCUUGAACUCAGAGCCUGAUGCUCUUUCUGGGCAUUUUCACUAACAGCUGGCACUCUACCACUUGAGCCACACUUGCUGGUUAAUUGGAGAAUAGAAUCUUGUGGAUGUUUCUGCUCCAGCUGGCCUUGAAUGGUGAUCCUCAGAUUUCAGCCUCCUGAGCAGCUAGGAUUAGAAUGACCAGGGAGGGGCACCCUUCUUUUAAUAACUGCUGUGGCUGUUUUCUUUUUUUUUUUUUCUUUAGAACUGAGACCCAAACUCAGGGCUUUGCACUUACCAGGCAAGUGCUAUUCUACUGAGCUAAAUCUUCAAAUCUGGCUGCAGCCUUCUUAGCCAGGCCUAUACCAUUGUUUCUAGCCUAAAGCUAAAUCCCCUCUAUGCUCUUGGGCAAAGGACUGCUCUCCCUUACUCUUAGCCUUAGUCUCGUCCUCUGAAAAGGGGGUCACAAGCGUAACCAUGAGCUACCUCAUAGAGUUGAGGAUAAGCGAGAGUAUCUACCUACCUACCUAUCUACCUAGAGAGAGCGCACACAUGCAUUUGGCACAUAGUAAACUUUGAUUUCCCUCUAGCACUGAGCCAAGGUGUGUUUCUGGUUUUGAGACAUUUGUGUCCCUUUUUUUGUUGUUUUUUUGCUAUGACUGAGGCUUGAACUCAGAGCCUUGGGUACUGUUAGCUUUUUCACUCCAGGUUUGCACUCUGCCCC